AUGCGGGCACGCCGCUCGCAGGACCUGGUGGUGCAGCCGGGCCCCGCGGAGGCGCGCAACACGUCGGCGCUGCUGCGCGUGCGCGUGCAGCCGCUGCGCAAGGACGAGCAGGCCAAGACGUACGUGCUGUGCACGCAGCGGCGGCCCGGGCAGCCCUGGCUGCCGCACCAGGGCGCCGACGGGCGCAUCGUGGUGCUCGAGGAGAAGAAGUCGCUGCUGCCGCUGUGGCUGCAGGUGAUCCUCAUCGGGGCGCUGCUCGUGCUCUCGGGCAUGUUCAGCGGGCUCAACCUGGGCCUCAUGGCGCUCGACCCCAUGGAGCUGCGCAUCGUGCAGAACUGCGGCACCGACAAGGAGAAGCGCUACGCGCGCAAGAUCGAGCCCAUCCGCCGCAAGGGCAACUACCUGCUCUGCUCGCUGCUGCUGGGCAACGUGCUGGUCAACACCACGCUCACCAUCCUCCUCGACGACCUCAUCGGCUCCGGCGUGGGCGCCGUCGUGGCCUCCACCAUCGGCAUCGUCAUCUUCGGCGAGAUCAUGCCGCAGGCGCUGUGCUCCCGCCACGGCCUCGCCGUGGGCGCCAACACCAUCCUGCUCACCAAGUUCUUCAUGCUGGUCACCUUCCCGCUCUCCUUCCCCAUCAGCAAGCUGCUCGACUGCAUCCUGGGCCAGGAGAUCGGCACCGUCUACAACCGCGAGAAGCUGGUGGAGAUGCUGAAGGUGACGGAGCCCUACAACGACCUGGUGAGGGAGGAGCUCAACAUGAUCCAGGGCGCCCUGGAGCUGCGGACCAAGACGGUGGAGGACGUGAUGACCCCGCUGCACAACUGCUUCAUGAUCAACAGCGACGCCAUCCUGGACUUCAACACCAUGUCGGAGAUCAUGGAGAGCGGCUUCACGCGCAUCCCCGUCUACGAGGACGAGCGCUCCAACAUCAUGGACAUCCUGUACGUGAAGGACCUGGCGUUCGUGGACCCCGACGACUGCACGCCGCUCAAGACCAUCACCAAGUUCUACAACCACCCCGUGCACGUCGUCUUCCACGACACCAAGCUGGACGCCAUGCUGGAGGAGUUCAAAAAGGGGAAGUCCCACCUGGCCAUCGUGCAGAAGGUGAACAACGAGGGCGAGGGCGACCCCUUCUACGAGGUGCUGGGGCUGGUGACGCUGGAGGACGUCAUCGAGGAGAUCAUCAAGUCGGAGAUCCUGGACGAGUCGGACAUGUACACCGACAACCGCAACCGCAAGCGGGUGGGCAACCAGAAGAACAAGCGGGACUUCUCGGCCUUCAAGGACCCCGUCAACGAGCUCAAGGUGAAGAUCUCCCCGCAGCUGCUGCUGGCCGCACACCGCUUCCUCUCCACCGAGGUGACCCUCUUCACACCCAACUUCAUCUCGGAGAAGAUCCUGCUGCGGCUGCUCAAGUACUCGGACGUCAUUCAGGAGCUCAAGUUCGACGAGGAGAACAAGAAGUCUCCCCGCCACUUCCUCUACACCAAGAACAAGGCGGCCGACUACUUCAUCCUCAUCCUGCAGGGCAAGGUGGAGGUGGAAGCCGGCAAGGAAAGCAUGAAGUUCGAGGCGGGAGCCUUCUCCUAUUACGGGGUGAUGGCCCUGAGCCCGCCUCCGGCACCAGAGGUGCGCUCGCCGUCGCACGUGAGCGGCCUCAACCGCUCGGCCUCGCUCAGCUGCCACGAGCGCUCCGACUCCGGCUCGUCGCCGGCCAGCGGCAGCAACAACCAGCUCAACGUGGGCGCCGGGCCCCAGUACGUGGCCGACUUCAGCGUGCGGGCGCUCAGCGACCUGCAGUUCGUCAAGAUCACGCGGCAGGAGUACCAGAACGGCCUGCUGGCCUCCCGCAUGGACAGUUGCCCCCAGUCGCCGGACAGCGGCGCCUCCAAAGGGGAGAGCGGCGUGCCAGAGAAGCCGGAGCCCGCGGGCACGGACGAGACCACCAGCCUCCUGAACGAGAGGAACUGCCUGAGCCGCAGGAGCAACCACAGCUCCCUGGAGAACUCCAUCUGACGG